CCCACACAAACACGACUCUUUUCGCAGGUUUCUCUCUAGCUAUACCAGCUUAUAUAUCUCUUCUCUUCAUGAUUGAUCCUUGUUCUUUCUUCAUGGAAAAAGGGUACCCUUGAUUGUUCUUCGUUAUUUUCUAGUCUUUUUCUCGUCAUCCGAACAACCCCAAGUUAUGAAUUCUUCCUCCAGGCUAGCUAGCUCACCCAACAAUAGGAUGCUUCCUGGUUUGGGAUUCCCAGUGAAUCUCGGUUGCGUAACGGAAUCUUCUGAUCACAGUAAUCGGAAGGUCCCCAAUGAAGUUGAUUUCUUCUCGUCUUACACGAGCAAGUCGUCGUCGUCGUCAGCAGCAUCAGUACCGCCUGCUCGUGAAAUUCAUCAUCAUCAGGAUGUUAGAACCCUUUCCAAUAUAUCUGUUAAGAAGGAAAUUCCUCAGACUCAACCAGUUUCUCGGUCUAAUUUGGAUGUGAAUAUUGGUUUGCAGCUCCAUACUGGUAAUACCAGGGGUGAUCAAUCUACGGCGGAUGAUCAUGGCGUCUCGUCAGGUGCAGAUGAUAAGCGAGCCAAGAGCAACGAGUUGAAACAGCUGCAAGAAGAGCUUCAGCGAAUGAACACAGAAAACCAGAACCUGAAAGAGAUGCUGAGUCACAUGAGCAAUAACUACACCGCCUUGCAAAUGCAUCUCGCUGCAUUAAUCCAACAGCGACAGCACAAUCAACACGACCAUCAGGUUGUUGGAAAAGGCACUGAGGAGAAAAAGGUGGCGAGGCAGUUUCUUGAGGUUGGAGGUGGUAGUGGCGAAGCAGCACAGGAAGCCGAUGAGGACGAAGUGUCCAAUUCUUGUUCAGAUGAAAGAACUCAAUCUGCUUCACCUCAUCAGAACAACAAUAUUAACGGUAAAAGUGAAAUGGGUAGGGAAGAGAGUCCGGAUUCAGAGUCGCAGAAAGCUUAUAAGCUUCAGAAACUGAACCCUUCUUCAAAUUCCAUGGAUCAAUCCCCUUCAACAGAAGCCACCAUGAGAAAAGCUCGCGUCUCAGUCCGUGCUAGAUCAGAAGCCCCCAUGAUCAGUGAUGGUUGUCAAUGGCGAAAAUAUGGACAAAAAAUGGCCAAAGGAAACCCGUGUCCUCGCGCUUAUUACAGGUGCACCAUGGCUGUUGGUUGUCCUGUUCGCAAACAAGUUCAGCGUUGUGCAGAGGACAGAAGCAUAUUGGUAACAACGUACGAGGGAAAUCAUAACCAUCCAUUGCCGCCGGCAGCUAUGGCGAUGGCUUCGACGACGAGUGCGGCUGCGGGCAUGUUACUGUCUGGUUCAAUGUCAAGUCCAGAAGGGAUGAUGAGGAUGAACCCUAUGUUAGCCAGAGCCAUUCUUAACCCUACUUGUUCUCCAACCAUGGCCACUCUUUCUGCUUCAGCUCCUUUCCCUACUGUCACAUUGGAUCUAACUCACACGGGCAGCAACAACGACAACAACGCAAUAAUGCAGUUUCAUCGCCCUAAUACGACACCGUUUCAGCUUGUUCAACCAUUGUACAACCAGUCCAAGUUUUCUGGCCUUCAGUUGUCACAGGACAGGCCAAUUCAGCAGCAGUCUUCCCCGUCUGAAACGGCCAGUAACGCCGCCGCCGCCGCAGCCAUCACUGGUGACCCGAACUUCACGGCAGCUCUCGCGGCUGCAAUCUCUUCCAUCAUCCAGGGUAAUAAUCAGAACAACAACGGCGGAAGUAGCAGCAAUCCACAUAUCCUCAACAGUACUUCAAUUAGCAGCUUUUCUGGGAAUUAAUUAAGUUGUAGGAUCUCUGCUUUUCCCUUUUUUUUUUUUAUUAUGACAAAUUUGAUUUCAUUUUUUCGUCAUAGGGAGGAGAUUAAAAUCGUCUGAGGAACGAAAAACUGUUUCAUUGUAUUCUUUCUUUCAUUGUUUCAUUUGAAAUAGUCUGUGUUCCAAUUUUUCUUAGUGAAUAGAUAGAAGAAAAGGGGAAAAAAAUAAAAUGUUGCUCACGUAUCAUCUUUUAUUUUAAAUUUCUUUAUCAGCUUUGAUG